AUGCUACCUUUCGGUUUUUUACUUCGUCGUAUUCUUGGAGGAAGAAGACGUCGUCGGAAUCAGAGUUAUUCCAGUGAUGUGACUUAUCGUACUGUCUAUGUUAUGCCUGGAGCUCAACAACAAGCUAGUGGAUUCAAUGAACCUCCACCAGCUUAUUAUCCACAGGAUCCAUCUCAACAGACCGCGUUUUAUCCACCACAGAAAGGAUGCGGAAGGUAA